GCAUCACUUCCGCUUCCGCCCUCGCCUGGCGGGUAAUUUGAACGUUUGCAGGCACAAACUUCCCGCUUGGCGCGAGCUGAACUUGAGGACCGCGGCGGAGACUGAGCCCGACCAUAGACAUGUCGGAGCGGCGAACGCGGUCCGGAGGGGCCGCCCAGCGGUCCGGGUCCAGGACUCCGCUUACUAAGUCUUCGAAGAGGUCCCAGCGGAAAUCUGGCUCAGAUCUCCCAAACAUCUUUCCUGAAAAUUGGCCAAAGACACCUCAUGCGGCUCCAGCCAGAAAGGCCAUCGUUUUGAAGAAAAUCGUGGCUCAUACAGUGAAGGCCCCAGCUGUCCACACACUUCGAAGGAGUCCUAGGGUCUCUUUUAUCUUGGAAAAAGAAAAUAGCCCUCCUCUCAAGGUACCCACUAAGGAGGACCUCUUCAAGACUUGUAGUGUUCCUGGUACCCCCACCAGCACCCCAGUGCUGUAUACUCAGAAUGCUGAUUCUAACUCUGUGGAAGGAGAGGAGCUGGACACCAGAGCCUUGGAAAUGUCCCAGAAAGUCAGGCGAUCAUACAGUCGUCUGGAGGGCCUCAGUUCGGCCUCAACCUCCACCCCUGGCCGCCGAUCCUUCUUUGGCUUUGAGGGACCUGAAGACUUGCCUGGAGUCUCACCUGUAGUGUGUUCAAAGUUAACUGAGAUCCCAAAAGUACCUGCAAAGCCCUGGGUUCCAGACACGACGCUUCCUGGAAUCUCUCCUCCAGUCGUGAAAGAGAAGCGAAAGAAGAAGAUGCCAGAGAUCCUGAAAUCGGAGCUGGAUGAGUGGGCUAUGGCCAUGAAUGCUGAGUUUGAAGCUGCUGAACAGUUUGAUCUUCUGAUUGAAUGAGAUAAAGUGGGGGUACACCUGGCCAGGCUCUCCCCUCUCCUUGUACAUGUUGCCCUUUGAGUAGAGCAGUACUUUUAGGGUCCAAUUCAUUGGCCUUGUUACCCAGAAAAUGUGUUGCUGGCCCCUUGUCAUGUUGUGACUAGUUAACCCUGGGCUUUCUGCGAAGUCCCCAGGGUUAGGGAGGAGAAGCCACCUCUGCUCUGAGCCCGUACUGACAGAAACGGGCUCAGCUGUGGGCUCUUCCUCUGCUGUGGCCUGAGCCACCAACCAACCAAGAGGUUCUCAGAGUCUGAUAGGGAGCUCACAGGCUGGGGAGACAGGCAAACCCUGAGCAAGAGUCUGGACAUGGAGUCUGAGGUGUGAAAGAGGGAGGGUUGGUUUUGGGGUCUUGUUUUUUUAACACGAGUGACUGUUGCGUAGGAACUGUUCGUGUCUGUGUUCUGCUGUUGACACAUUGCAUUGGUGAAUGUGGUACUGAUGCUCAGGGCAAGUGGAUAUAAUUCAUGGUGUGGGCUCCAGAUGCCACCAACUUGAGGUUUGUGGUCUCAGAUCACCUUUUCCUCACCCACAUCUGUUUCUUCAAAGUGAACUGCAGUCUCAGCUCUGGCAUGUGGCCUUCUGCAACUACACUUAGAGCGUUCUGGAUGUUAUUUCUCAUAAACCUGACAGCUGUAGCACUGAUGGCAGCUUUUGCUGUGAGCUUGGCUAUUACACCCUCACAUGAGCCCCCACAGAGGGCUGCUGGGAACAAAAAUGGAUGUCUCAUGUGGAAUUGUUUCCUGUCUACCACCUCCUCUCAAUUACGGUAGAAGAUAUGGUUUCAAAGGCUAUUGGACUCCAACAUUUGCCAGUUCAUGGGAGGAGAAGCUUCAGGAAUGAGAACUGCACCAUCAGGGUGAGAACUGUUACACCAGGAUGGUUUUGAGCGGAGCACACCUGAAGAAUUUGUCCACACUGGUUCCUGUGGACCCUGCUGAUUGCUGCCAUCACUACAGACCUGCCUUUGAGGAACUAAUGUGCAGCCCAGGGGAAAAGGUUUAAUGUCAAAUAAACUUGUAAAGAGUUUUCUA